GUAAUUAUCGAAAGAUAUAAAGGAGAAAAGCAGCUUCCCGUUCUGGACAAAACAAAAUUUCUGGUCCCAGAUCACGUCAACAUGAGUGAGCUUAUCAAGAUAAUCAGACGGCGACUGCAGCUGAAUUCCAACCAAGCGUUCUUCUUACUGGUGAACGGACACAGCAUGGUGAGCGUCUCCACGCCCAUUUCGGAGGUGUACGAAAGCGAAAAGGACGAAGACGGAUUCUUGUACAUGGUCUACGCCUCUCAGGAAACGUUUGGCAUGAAGCCCUCCGUGUAAACACCUUGCCCCC